CUCCUGAGGCCUGCCCGCCGUCUUGACUCUUCUUCCGAUUCUUAUGCUCGCUACAUUGUCCGUAGUUGAGAAAGACUAUGGAUAUUGCUACUUCUUGAGCAAACAUAAAGUUCACGCCGCAUGCCAGAGCUGAGCUCCCGCAGGCUGCUCUGUAUACGCCUCCAGCAUGAGCUUCCAACAUGGCCAGAGAAGGACCGCGUCGAUCGUGCAAAGUUUCCUGGACGGAUUCACUUGCCUUAUUAUUGUAACAAUACGGCUAGGAGAACCAUUUUGGAUGGCUGGGAUCUCUCUCCUGUCCCGGUAAAUUUGUCACGACGUGCUAAACGUCGGACUCCUGUUACGAACAAACAUAGGUCUGCUGUAACGCAAGACUAUGACGCGGAACCAACGAAGUUCACGAGUAUGGAUGAUGUUUUCACAUCGGAUCGCAAACUCCCGGAGGCUCGCCGCUCAACAGACGAAGACAUAUGCAUUUCCCGUUCACUUCCACUGCUUGAGAAUGAUUCCGCAGUGGGAACAGGAACCAGCGACAAUGUGCAACAGGACAAAAACACAUCUGCGACUAGCAUUCUCGAUUUCAGGGAUUCCAGCCCCUUCGCGUCGACUUCAGGUUUGAACGGAUCAACGCCAAAAUUUUCCGGUAUGAAUAACAUUGAAGCGUCGAAGCCAGCACCAUUCGAAAGGCUACAUGUCAGAAGAGAGAAUGCCUUCACCUCACUAGAUAUGGCCAAGCGGAAGUCUAUGUGUAAUGUUCUUGACUUCCGGAAGACAUUGUACAUGCAUCAAUAUCGAGAAAACAAGUUGUCUCAAGGUCAGCUCCAGGAAGCACAUAGAGAGAAUGCCCCAAAUUCUACCCUGUCAUCUGAAUGUCUCGAAGAAACAGUGUCGGAUCCAUCUACGUCAUCAAGUUGCAUAGGCACACCGUCUAUGCGCCAAGUGGACCUUGAACUCAGUGAACUCCAUAUUGCCACGCCAGACGAACCUCGCAGCAACACUUCUUUAACGCCUUCCGGGUCCGAAAACCCUUCCUCUAAUGGUGGCGUGGGAUCCCCCUCGACCAGUAACGAAGAUGAAGAACAGAGCUUUAUCGAAAGGAAGAAGCGCAAACGGCUGUCUGAUGUACUAACCCCCCACUCAGCUCCUGUUUUGUUAUCCAACGCUAAGGAUCCGUCACUCGAUGCCCCGGAUCCUUCACUCGAUGCCCCGGAUCCUUCAAUUAGUGUCAAGUCGCCGCUUAGCGUAGAUACCAGGAGACCGAAAAACCUCAGCGAGUUGGCUAACAUGCUGGGCGUGGAGAAUUACCGCCCCACCAAACGUAUCAAGCUGGAGCAGCCGAGCUCACCGUCUCACUCUGUGACCCGGCCUUCUAGUGCAGCCGGAAAAUCCGCACCUUUGGUGAAAACAACCAUUCUUCCUGGACCCGUUGCCGGGUCGGAAAUUAUUCAAAUUGACUCCUCUUCUGAUGAAGGGUCUUGACUCCCUGGUACUUUUUUCUCAACCUAAUUUAUCGAUUAAGCGGUCUCUACUGAGUGACCGACAUGGACUCAAGCAUGUUCUUGGAUACAUUUCUACUAUAUUCCCCAUUACGUCACUGUAUUCCUACUUACAUUGUUCUAUACAACAGUUCAUAUACACAG